AUGGCUGCCUCGAAGCUUCUCGCCGUUGCGUGCCUCGCAAAUCUCGCUGCAGGCAGACUUGUCCGAUCCGACAGGCCCCCAAUGGGCUGGAACUCGUACAACUCAUGGAACUGCUUGCCUUCGGAAGAGCGGAUCAAGGAGAGUACCGAAGGCCUCAUCUCCAUGGGGCUCGACAAGCUUGGCUACGACUUCAUAACCGUGGACUGUGGUUGGAAUUCAAAAUAUCGUGAUAGCGAAGGAAGGAUGCAAUGGAAUACGACCCUGUUCCCGAGUGGCGGUAAGGCGCUGGGUGAUUAUAUUCAUGAGCGCGGGCUCAGCUUCGGCCUGUACUCGGGCGCAGGGUACUUGCAAUGCGGAUCUACUGAGAUUCCUGCAAGUCUGGGAUUUGAGAAGUUGGAUGCCGAGAGCUUUGCUGAGUGGGGCGGUGAUAGCCUCAAAUACGAUAAUUGCUACGCCACGUCGAACACAACUAUGGUUGAUUCCAGUUCUGUUGAAUCGCAAUCGCCUGCGAGAUUCCAGCAUAUGGGUGCUGAGCUGGACGCGGUCGAUCGUGACAUUGAGUACUACAUUUGUCAAUGGGGCAUUGGCGUGGAUGUUGGAAAGUGGGCAAGCGAGCUAGGAACUACUUGGAGGAUGAGCAAUGACAUCUACAAUGCCUGGAGAAGUAUAUGGCGCAUCACGAACCAGAUUGUGCCAUAUUUCAGACAUACGAAAGUUGGUGCGUUCGCGGAUAUGGACAUGUUGAUUGUCGGACUCAAUGCUCUUUCGGCCGAAGAAGAGCGCUUCCACUUUGGCAUGUGGGCCAUCAACAAGUCGCCCUUGAUCAUGGGAGCAGCGCUCGAUCCCGGGCGUCUAAGCAACGUGUCGUUGCAAAUCAUGUCGAACGCAGAAGUGAUCGCUGUUAACCAAGACAGUCUUGCCAAGCAAGCGCAGCUCAUCAUCCGAGCUACUGAGGAGGAGUGGGAUGUGUGGCAGGGCGAGCUCUCCGGGGCCCGUCAGAUUUUGGGUAUUGCGAAUUGGAAAAACGAUUCUCAGAGCAUUCAAGUCGACUUGGCGGCACUUGGGAUCGGCUCAGCGCAGGCGCGCGACUUGUGGGCAGAGAAGGACCAAGGUGUGGUGAGCGGAUCGCAAAAUCUUACUUUGGCAGGUCACGAGUUGCGACUGUGGCUGCUGUCAAACAUAACGGCAGCUAGUCCUCUCAAGGCCACAGCAUACUACAAUGCUACCCUGGCGACUACAAGUGGCUCAGCUCGAGUCAAUACAUGCCCAUUAGGAACAUGCCUACCUACUGGUGCAAAGAUUGAAAACAUUGGAUUGGGCGGCAGUGUCACCUUUGAAAAUGUCAGCGCUCAAUCUGCGGGCAAGAAGUUGGUGGGAGUCGACUUUGUAAACUACGAUUACGCUUUCACGACUGCCUGGGGCUUGGGUGACAAUAUUAGGAACAUGACUAUUGCAGUAAAUGGUCAAAAGGCUAAGAGAUGGGCAUUCCCUCUUUCGGGUGGCAAUUGGAACGAGAGCGGAAGGUUGCUCGUCGAAGCCGAUGGGUUUAUUCAAGGCGAGCAAAAUGUGUUGACUUUCGCGGGAUACGGGAAUGGCACUGCGCCUGACCUCGUAGGCUUCGAAGUAUUGGAGUCAUCGCCGUAGUGCGUUCGCACAUUUCUCUGCUCGGCAUUCUCUGCUGUCUUGAACGCGUAUGAUAGAUUCGAGCUAUGGGUAGUCGAGAUAAUAUACGCCACAACUUCUGUCUACAUUGGACGUGAUCUGUGGG